UAGGAGUUUGGAAUGGAAACCAAGAUGAUGACUUUACAAUGCCAAAUGGUACCACAAUUCCUGCUAACAGUUCUGAAUCUGACAUUUACAACUAUGGCCUUACAUGGAGAUCUGGAAGUAAUACGCUUUUUACUACAAAGAAUACCUAUGAGAAUUCAAACUUUACACCAGUAUUCACAGAAGAAUUGGCAACUUUAAAUGCAUCAUGGUAUAAUAUGGUGCAAAAUCAGUGUGGAGACAGUCCUCCAUGCAUUUUUGAUGCAUUCGUGACAAAAAAUAUAAACAUCGGACUGCAGACCAGAACUAUGGAAUUUGUUUUCCAGCAAGCCAAUUCAACACUCAAUUCUUAUCCUCCAACAAUAAUGGGUGAUGACAUUAUCCAGGCAAACAUUUUUGAACCAGUAAAAAAGAAGUACAAUGCAUCUGGAAACCAUGUGUACUUUACGACUUUUACAUCAUCUGAUCUUAACAUUACAGAUAAUGGUACCCUCAUCUGGAUGCCAACAAGUGCCGAUCCUUUCACUGCAUAUAUUAUUGCAACUGAUGCUUCCAACAACCUUUCAUCCAUAAUAAGCCCUAGGUUUGUCAUUUCACUCUGUGGAAGCAAUGGAAUCUCUUUCUGGAAUGAUACAACAAGAUUGAAUGAUUCUUCUCUAUAUCAAGCUACCUGCCAGUGUAUAAAUGGAUAUGUGGGAAGCAAUUGUCAGUCACAACCUGAUCCUUGUUCAAGUACCUCUUGCUAUGCUAAUGUCAGCUGCAUUACUGCUAAAGAUUGCGGACCAUGUCCUACUGGCCUAUCUGGGAAUGGCAUUCACUGUUCAGAUGUGAAUGAAUGCAACUCGGCAAACCCAUGUGAUGGCAAUGCUACCUGCAUGAAUUCCAUAGGAAGUUUUAGCUGCAUAUGUAAUCCAGGAUUUACUGGUAAGCUUCCUCUGUUUAAUAUUCAACCUAUUAAUAAAGCUCUGUAA